AGCUCAGAGAUUUCACUUGCUGACCUGAGACCAUGGAAGCACUAGGUCUUCUGGCAUUAUUGGCCUCAUCUCUCUCAUCCUUUCAACCCUAAACACCAGUCCAACUCUCCGUCAUUAGCAGGUGAGGCCAGGGAUGCUGGACUUGUGAAGGAUCCACAUUCUUCCAGGCGAUGAAACCUUGACCCUGAAACAGGACACAGGCCUACUCACAAGGCAAACAAUGGGAUGCCACGCGAUGAACAGCUUGGUUUCUUCUUUCAAAAUGCUCCUUGCCCAGCUUUGCUGUCCCGGGCCCACAAAGGCUGGAGAGCACUGGCGGAGAGAGUGAUAGCUCAGCUGGAGGGUUGGAGGUUACAACUCCUGGGCUCUGUUUCUUGUGCUGGAAAGACUGUGUCACAGUUCAAGGCCAGAAGGAACCAGCAGACCUUCUCGUUUCACCUCUCGUAGACCAGAAGCCAGAUCAUUUCACCCAGCUAGCCCAGAAAAUUGAGGUCCGAUUAAAAGGAUUUCCAGAAAAAAUUCCAGUCUGGAAUUGGAGAUACCAAGAAAUGGAGAUUCCAACCCUCCCCUUGGGGCUUGGAGCCAGCACGGUUAUGGGAAGACACCUGUGCUUGCAGUUUUCAGCAGCAAGAAGUACCCAAGCCCUCCUGAAGACCAAAGCAUCCUUAUUCGGUACAGGAGGCCUGGUCUGAGCAGAGAUACCUUAACCCUUGUCCAGUUUCAGUUCUUCCCAGUCUAGCAGCGUGCCUGAAAAGCACAAUGAGCCUGCAGUUCCCUCAGUGUUUCUCCAAGCCACGGGCAGAGUUAAGGCGGUCACAGUGCGGCUCUCUGCAGAGCCGGGUGCGGGAAGUCCUGGCCGUUCUCUGCCUUGUGCUGUAGCUGCAAACGGAGGAGAUGACCACGAAGGCCUCUCCUGAUCUUGACCUCUAAAUGAGCCCGUUCAGUGACCUGCUCCAAAAUCCCCGAGUUGAAUCACAGAGCGUGCCUGCAGGGAGAAGUUAUCCCGGGAUAAGACGCCAUGCAAAUUUGCUGCAUUAGGGCUUUCUGGAGUAAUUCCCUGCAUGUCCCUGCCUAUGAAUUCCAAAUUACACCCAAAUAAGACACUUUCAAUCUGUUUUCGGAGCAUCCACACACAUGGCAUCCCCUAAAUACAUAUUACUGAAUAGCUCCAUAUGUCAUCCUGUCAGGCCAGGUCUUUCUUGGUUUGCUGUCUGGUACCAUGUAAACCAGUACAGCCUGUUCCAGGGUCAGGUUGUCAGCGACUAAACCCCCACAUGGGCUAGCCUGGGUGAGCAGGGUGUGUGGAAACCCAGCAGCACUAAAAGCAAGACCUGUCAAAGGAAGGAUGAGCUUCCUGUCAGCCAACAGCCAUCCAUACUUGGAGAGGAGAUGGGUGCCACCAAGUAACUUUGCCUGAAGAACCAUCAAUGAUGCAAAGCAACCCAACUAACCUCAUAAGGAGGAUUGUUACAGCAUCUAAAGGUGCCCCAAUGGUUGCAGCAACCUCAGGACCGAUUUGACUUGACCAGACCAGAACAGAGUUUAGGAUUAGGUCCAUGUUUAUUCCAAAGUAACAGCGAUGUAGAUCUAGGGGGUUAGUGCUAGGGACCUGCUAGGAAGCAUGCCAGUUUUUAGGCAGACCUGUCCCUGAGCGGGAGCACAGAGUCUAAUACAAGUCGGAUGGUUGCACAAAUAAAGAGAAAAUAUAUGCAAAUGGUGAUGCCAAAGUGAGUGACCUGAGAUAAGAUUACCCAGAGCAACCCAGGAGCUAGAAAUAACAUUGCCUCCUGGCUGUACCAGCUGAGUUCCCCGACACUUUAAUUUCGAGUUGCUGCCUACCUAGCAGAGCGCGUGUAUGUGUAAAUACACACACAAACACACGCACGCACGUACAUAUGUACACACUUACACAUACACACAUGAAAACACAAACACGUACGGAUGGAUGGAUGCACUUACGUACGUACACACAUACACGAGCAAGCAGUAUCUGACUCGGAUCAGCCACCUGUUAGCUUUGCCCUCUGCUGCCCUGUGGUUUCGGAAAUAGAGCUUGGAGAAGCAGCGACUCUCUUCCUUGCAACCUGCUUUUCAUGCCCAAAUAUUCUCCAGGCAUGGAAAAGGCAGCAAAGGAGCAAACUUCCCCCAGGGCCAAUACCUCUGCAAACACUGGGCUGCUUGCUGCAGCUGAGGACAGCUCAAGCUAGUGGUGAAAGCAAGUCAUAUUCCCUAUCCAAAUCCUGGUCUGACCUGAUCCUGCCCCAGGAUCUCAUCCAUUCCUGAAUCAACCUGACCCAGCUCCCCAAGGGCCUGCAAGAGAACUUGGCCCCUAUUUUAUGGAGGAGAAAACUGAAUUGCCAGGAGAACAGCCAUACCCCACAGAGGCAAAGGGAGUCACUGCCACAAACUGAUUAAAAAUUGAUACAGCAGGAGCUAUUGAGCAGGGGAGUGAGGGGCACAGCCUUCGAGUUGGAAAGUCCUUGACUCUGGAGACUGCAAAGGAGAGAGGAACGGGGGGAGGAUGACACCCUGCUCAGGUCCACCCUCUGCUCUCUGCUGCGGUGACACGGGAGCCUAGGCAAGAUGGACCUAGGGUCUGACCCAGUAGACGGCAGUUCCUGUGUUCUUAAUGACAACCAGCCUCCUCCCUGCGAGAGCUGGGAACAGCAUCCAGAAGCCCUAAGGAUGCUCAGCUAGCCACAGAGCUGCACCUUGGAUGGAAAGCAUUGGGGCUGUUCACAUACCCCCAAGAUCAGCUCCUAGGAUGGUUUCUGCGUCUUACGCUGGGCAGUCAUGGGUAUAACCCUGCAGGAGUCUCCCCCCUGCCCCUUCCACAGGGGCACCCUCCUUGCUGGACUGCAGAAUCAGGAGCCCUUCAACUUGCUCUCCUUCUAGCCCGUGGCGCUCUGCCCGUGGCCACUUCUCCUGGCAGUGGGGGAGAACCCACAUGGCCCAGCCAAUAGCCCGGGGAGCGGGAGAUGUACAUUUGAGUACAUCUCGAGACUCGGAAAGAGGUCUCCUACCCGAACCCUGGACAAGUGCCCUAACUCCACGGCUUUUGGACACUGCCGCUGAGAGCCGAGCUCCAAAGCUGUGCUCCGUAGGGUACCCGCGUUCUCAAGGGGACUUGGGGUCGUUCCUCUGGGUGCUCUGGAUCCAAAAGGAAGAACACCUAAGCCUUCCAGAUGGGGAAAAUUCAGACUCCCUCUGCCUUUUCCCACUGGCUCCAGGCAGCCCCCAGCACCCUGGGGUGCUCUUUGGAGGCACCCAGCUCCUCUCAUUCACUGCAGGGAACCCUCGGUGCCUCUGAACCUCACUCUCAGGGCAAGGACCCAAACAUCUAGAUGUGGCAACGCUUGUGAAAACCACUUGGCUCUGCAAAAAGAGGAAUUGCGACAGGACCACGGGAAGCAGCAGAGCCCGCAAUCUGUGUUACAGCUGCCUGGGCACACCCGCCCCACGUGGCAGCCAGGUUCAUACAUCACGCUGUGUUUUCGAGCUGCUUGGGAUUUUCCGACCGUGCCCCGGUGGGUAUCUUUGCAGGGCACACCAAUAACCCGCUCCUGGAAAGGCUCCAUCAGGAGGGAGGCUGACACUGAGGAAGCCAGUAGCAUGUUUUCCUGGCACACAAGCCUAACAUGAGUCAGGUGUGGGCGUCCAUGGGUUUGGCUCAUUUACCUGGUUAAACAUGUGUGUCAGGGCUUUGCCAGCCAGAGGCUUAGAGCGCUCCUGGGUCCCACAGCAGUAAAUGGAGCUGAUACCGAGAAGGCAUGCUCCAUCCACUGCCCUAUGCCUUUCGAUGGUCAGAUCCUGCAGCCAGUGCAGCCUCUCAGCUCAGUACAGGGGCUGGUGCAAUGGAGCUCCCACUCAGCCGUCACGUCUAGGCACUGCCGUCAACCUGGGGAUAAGCACCACGAACAACAGAAGAGUCUCCAGGCCACCCGAUUUGCUCAGCAGCUCCAUUCAAGACACAAACGUGGCAUGGUUCUGCUGGCACGGACAGUGUUGGGAGGGUAGGAACAAACGUGGCCUCGAGGUUCAACAGCAAUUCAGGGGGAACGAAGGCACGCAGAGACGUGCCGAAUCACAUUUUUCUGGUUUUUGUAAAGGGAAGUCCUGCUUCAAUCUUCUGAGUCCUUCGAGGGGGCAUCAGGAGCUAGAGGAGACGACCAAAUCAGUCUCUCCAUACGUGAACCCUCCAUGAAUGAGCCAUUGCAGGGGCUUGAUCUAAAUGCCCAGGGUCGAAUCCAAGAGCUCCUCUUCAGGAGACGUCAUUCCUGGGUAAGAUGCCACGACGAUCUGCAGCGCCAGGGUUGGUCUGGAUACAGGCCAGCUGGGGAAUUCCCGACCACACCCAAAAGAGAUGCUUUCGAUCCAGAUUUCGGGGCCAGAUUAUCUAGCCAGGUGGAGCAUCUACACAAGCCUGGAGAGGAUCCAGAGCUAGGCUCCACAUUUCAUGCAAGGCAAUGACAUAGAUCUGUGGCGCUGGCCAUUGGGUCCUGCUGCAAAGCGUGCCCGUCUUCACGAAGGCUUAUGCCUCAGCAGCAGCACCCCAUCCCACGUGAGUCAGGGGUUUGGGCAGAUCAACCUAAAACAGGUAAGGGGACAGUGAUGGCAGAGCACCUUCGAUUCAAGGUCUGAUGAAAUCACCAGAAGCAACCCGGGUGACAAGCUCAUGCACCACGUGUUCUUGGUGGAUGAAUGGCAUGUGAUUUUCUAAUCCUAGGUUGCUGCCUACCAGGUAGGCUAUAUAAUUUCAUCCUUCAGUGUCUGAUGCAUGCAGUCAAGCAGGUCAGCGAUCUGCCAGCCUUGCUCCAUCUCCCAGUGGUUUCAGCACAAUGGUUCUUGAAGCAGCCGUGACUCUCUUCCUGGCAGUCUGCGUCUCAGCCCUGGCUUUCCAGCGGGAGUGGGAACGGUGGCACCGAAGGAGGAAACUGCCCCCAGUGGUGAAUCUUCUGCAACAUGUGGUCCUUUUCUGGCGGUUUUGGAGGUCAGGGAUGCUCAAGCCACUGAUGGAGGCGAAAGAGAAGUUUGGGCCAGUGUUCAUGCUGUAUAUGCGCUUCCAGCGGUUUGUGGUUCUCAGCAGCUACGAUGCCGUGAAGGAAGCCCUGGUGGACCACGCGGUAGAGUUUGGCAGCCGAGGUGCAAUGUACUCAUUGGAGAGAUUGUUCAAAGGUCAUGGUGUGAUCCUGGUUAAUGGUGAACGGUGGAAACAGCUCCGGCGAUUCUCCAGCUCAACCCUGAAGAAUUUCGGCAUGGGGAAAAGAAGCAUCGAGGAGCAGAUCCAGGUGGAAGCCCAGCACCUGGUAGAGGCGAUCAGGGAAAAAAAAGGCUCUCCCUUCAACCCUGCCCUCCUCACUACUCAUGCUGUAUCCAACAUCACCUGCUCCAUCGUCUUUGGGAACCGCUUCGACUACGAGGACGAGAACUUCCUGAACUUGAUGGGCAGCAUGAACAACUUUUUUCUAGAAAUGAGCAACCAAUGGAGCAUGCUCUACGAGAUCUGUCCAAGGAUCCUGCAAUUCCUACCUGGGCCGCACAAGCGGAUGCCGCGCAUCUACAAGACACUACACGAGUUUAUCCUGGAGAGGGUGAGGAUAAACCAGCAGAGUUUGGACCCCAGCUGCCCUCGGGACUACAUCGACUCCUUCCUCAUCAGGAUGGAACAGGAAAAGCAAAACCCACUGAGCGAAUUCCACACCACAAGCCUGGUGGAAAAUGUGAUACAAUUAUUUAUUGCUGGGACAGAAACGACUUCCUCCACCUUGAGAUACGGAUUCCUGCUCUUGGCCAAAUACCCGGAGGUGCAAGACAAGGUGCACGAGGAAAUCGACAGGGUCAUCGGGCAGACCCACGGCCCAGGCAUGCAACAUCGGAGCCGGAUGCCGUACACCAACGCCGUGAUCCACGAGAUCCAGAGAUUCGCCAACAUCCUCCCCCUGGGGCUUCUGCACAAAGUAGCCUGCGACACCCACUUCCGGGGGUACUUUCUCCCCAAGGAUACCCUUGUUUGCACCUCUUUAAGUACAGUUCUCCAUGACCCCAAAUACUUCAAGGACCCAGAAAGCUUCGACCCUGGGCAUUUCCUGGAUGAAAACGGCUGCUUCAAGCAGAAUGACGCCUUCCUGCCGUUUUCCGCAGGCAAGAGGGUGUGUCUGGGCAAGAGCCUGGCCCUCAUGGAGCUCUUCCUGAUGCUGACCACCAUCCUGCAGCGCUUCACUCUAACAUCGCCGAAACCCCCGCAGGAAAUCAACCUCACCCCAAAAGUGAACAUACUUGUGAACGUUCCCCCCAGCUACGAGCUCUAUGUCCUCCCACGGGAGGACGGGCUACAGGACAGGGCCUAGGAAGGCCACAGCAGACUGAGACACCAGGAGAAAGAUCAUUAUGACGCCCAGCCUGCAAGGAGUCACGACUCUGACGGAGGAAGAGGUUCCACGCGACCCCUCUUCGGUGGAAGGUGGCACUGCAUGUCGCUGGCCAUCGUAGCCGUGGUGUUUUAGCGCUUACUGUUCAUGUCUCUACUCUGCAAACAGCAGGCAGUUUGCAGCAGUAGAAGGCAGGUAGUCUGCGGGGAAGAAAAUGCUUGCUGUAGUGAUGGGAGCAGAGGGGCUAUGGCAGGACUCUGGGGUCUUCUGCAGCUCUGCACGCGUGGCCUAGCAGUCACGGUACUGGACGGGGAUUGGGGGCCCCUGGCUAGAGAGUGCAGUUUGGUAAUUGGAGCAGGGCGCUGAGCGUAGUCGAGAGGAAAUUCCUGCUCCUCUGCCAGGAACCAUCACUUGGGCUUUCCCUUCUGCUGGGAUUUGUCCUUCUGUUAAACUUGGUAGCAGCUGCUGACAAUAAAACCUUUCCAAAGGCGA